AGCGGCAAACUGAAGUGGGGACAUUUUCGGAUUCAGAUAGGGAAAUCUGACGCGUCCUCCAUCGCCAAGUCCAGCCAGCGUCUUUAAAUAUCAGCACAGAGCACCUUCGCGUCCCACAACACCUUCCUGAUCCCGCAGACAAACCUCUCCCAAAUCCCAAUCCCCCGCCCACCCUCGAUCGACAUCAAACCCUAGCAGCAGAUCGGGCAGCCACCGGCCGGGAUGGAGGGGCUCGACGUCGACGACGUCUUCCACCACUACCGGCUGAGCCCUACGGAAGUGGAGGCCGUCACCUACUACCUGCCACGCCUCCUCUCCGGCGAGACGCUGCAUGCCGUCGACAAGCUCAUCCACCGCGUCGACAUCACCGGCUGCGAGCCCAAGGAUCUGGCCGCCCGAUACGCGCCCGUGCCGCAGGCCAUGAGCAGCGGCGACCGGUUCUUCUUCACCACGUGCAAGAGCAAGAACGGGAGCAAGCUCCAGAGCGUGCGCAGCGCCGGCGGCGGCACCUGGAGCAUCCAGAAAACCUCGGAGAUUAGCCACGCGGGAGUCAAGGUCGGCGAGGUCAAGAACCUGUCCUUCAAGAAGAAGGGCAAGUCGACAGGCUGGGUCAUGGAGGAAUACCGGUGCCUGCUGCCGGAGGCCACCGUCUUCGACGGGGUGAAGGUGUUCAGCAAGAUGCACUUGGCUCAGCAUGCUCCUGACGCGGCCCGCCAGGAAUCGGAGGCGUACAAGCUUCAGCAACAGCAACCAGAGGCCGUGACCCCGAGCACGCACGCGCAGAAGAGGCCAGCGACCGCUGCCGCCGUCGAUCCUCAACCGGCGCGCCCCAAGAAGAGGACGUGCGUUGCCGUCCUCGUCCCGGCACCUGGAGCAUCGGCCACACCGUCGUUCUUGAUGUAUGAUGAGGCAGCCAGAGCAAUGCAUGGCCCGCUGCCUCACACCAACUUCCCUGUUCAGUAUGCACAAGCAUCAUGCGAGUCCACUACAACAUCCAGCCGCUCCGACGUUGCUCAAGCUCCUGAGAUUUCCUCCCAGCCAGAUGUGAUGGAGUCCACCCAAUCAGAAGAGGCUGGCUCGAGCAUUGCAAGGAGCACAUCUGAAGAGGAUGUGUUUGAGCCAUUGGGGCCUAUUUCCGAUUUGCCGGAUUGGGAGGAAGAUGGUUUUGAUCUUGAAGAACUAAUGAGAAUGAUGGAAGACGACCCAAUUGAAGUUGAGCCGGUCACUGGAGCCAACACUGGCGUGGAGAUGGGCCAACAGGAACCUCUGUACCUGGAUGCCUUGGACCAAGGCGUGCUGGAGGGCAUGCUGCAGUCUGAUGACCCUUACCCAAUGUGGAGAUCAGAGGAUCAGGCCAUGCACAACCCUGCCUUCCAUGAUGACAAGGAGAAGAGGUACAAUGCCGCGUCGGAUCUUGACGCUCCAUCGCUUCAGGGACAGGACCACUUGUUCAAACCGCGGCCGUGCUCCUUCGAUCCAUUUGAAGCAGCAUGGAAGGCCGAAGAGGCGCUCGAGAAGGAGAAGAGGUGCAAUGCCGCGGCCAAUCUUCACGCUGGAGGGCACAGCAACUUCUUCUCGCCUGCAAGUGUCUACUAAGUCCGAUGUUGAAAUUGUUUUCAAAGUGUAUGAGAGGAUACUCACUGGCUGAUGUAUUAGUUCGUCCAUGUACGAUCGCCACGGAUGCACCUCUGAGCAAUUUGCUCCACUUGUUCAUGCAAGCUACUAAAACUGUUGUUGUUCUUCUUGCUCCUGUGAUAGAUUUCUGAACCUUGCAUUCGCUCCUGCACUAGUACUUCUUCUGCUCUGUUUCCUGUGAUGGACCAUGUUAAAACUGCUCUAUCUUUUUGUAUUAGUUUCAGAUAAGCAAGCAUGAUGCAGUUAUGAUCUGGGCAACCGCAGAUAAGUAGUAGGACUAACUAUGUUUGUAAAUCAAAACUGUUUCGCUGCUCUUGAUAAUCUGUAGAACAACUACAAGUUCAUAAGUUGCAGAGCAGAUUCAAGUUGUGGCAAAAAUAAAUUUGUUCUCCCUAUUUUUUUGCAACUACUAAAACUGUUGUUGUUCCUACUCCUUUAUAGAUGAUGACCCCCUGCGUUCCCAAUUUUGCAUGCUGCAGCUCAUAUAUAUUUCUUAGUUAGUACAACUUGUCGAUUUUGAUUCAUGGUCAACUAUUAAGCUUUGGUUCAGUUCUUUCGCUCACAUUUGGUUCUAUAUAAAUCAACUCUGAAGUCACGUUUUGAGUGAGGUUUUCUCUCUACUAUCGUUUCGGCAAACUUAGGCAAGUACUCCG